AGGACAAGGUAACGGGACGUGAGAUAUGUAAAAAGAAGACGGUGCGUGGACUCCUGAAAGCUUCCUGACUCACUGAGUCCUAACAACUAACAACGCGCCUACCAUUGUUGCUCCAUCCUUUUCAUCCGAUUUCAAUCCCGCUCCCACGUAUCUAGAUUCUAGACCCCCUUUCAAUUUAUCACCUCCCUCCCCGACCUCUGUUAAUCUCCCUGCUACCACAAUUACCAACCUCAUCGGCUUCACUGAGUUGUCAGAUUUUUGUUUACAAACCCCCCGUGUUUGAUUGUCCAUGCAUGGUAUGAAAUGCGGAUUCACCAUAAAAAAGGGCCCCUUCUUCAAUCUUUACUAUUCGUUUCUGAACGGGGAAAAAUGGUAUUCGGUGUUUCUGAGCUGAAUGAAAACCCCCUUUUGUCUUGGUGGAGGGCCUCCCCCCCGCAGUGAAGGGAAUUAUUAGCAGAGAAAAGAUAAAGGCGAGGCAUAGCAAAGGAGACGGGGGUGGGGUGUGUGUGGGUUCUGUACUGUCAAAGCCUGUCCCCCCCACCCUACACAGUCACCCCCCCUUCCUCUCGAACAGUCGAAGUCGGUAAGUCCAAAAGCCACUACCGCAUUGGCUUUUCUCGCCUUUUGUUUCUGUGCUUCCUGUGCAUUUGUCCAUGUCUGUUGCUCCUGCUCCCUCUACUCAGUACCUGCAAAUGGGCGAGGAAUCAUACUUUGAAUUUCUUGUUCUUAUUUGACGCUGUUUUCCACCCCCCCCCCGGAGGGGGGGUUUUAUAACUUUGUGGUGCCCUCCAUAUAUGAAUUCCUUUAUGUGAUUUGACCCUCCUUUCCAUUUUAUAUAGUUUUCACUUUCCGGAUGUUCUUUUUAAUCACCCUCGCUCGCUUUCCUUCCUUCCCUCCUUGCAACUUUUAAUAUUCUGUUACUUGUUCUGCUUCCGUUGUGUCUCGCCAGAGCUGCGCUGGGUGUUCAUGGAAAUUGAUCUGAACCAUGCAGUGACUGAGGUCGAGAAGAAUGCCUUCUGCGAUGGGCGCUGUGAGCAAGGCACUUGUGCUUCGUGUUUCUCUUCUUCCACUUCUUCCUCUCCCAACUCGCCUUCACCUCGCGUCUCUUCUUCUUAUCUCGAACUCUGGCAUGCUUGUGCCGGCCCCCUCACCUCCCUCCUAAAGAAAGGAAAUGUAGUGGUCUACUUUCCCCAGGGUCAUCUUGAACAGCUUGCCUCUUUCUCUCCUUUCUCGCCCGGUGACAUGCCCACCUGUGACCUUCAACCGCAAAUCUUCUGCAGCGUCGUCAACGUCCAGCUUCUUGCCAACAAGGAGAAUGAUGAGGUUUAUACACAGGUUACUUUGCUUCCCCAGACAGAGUUAGCAGGAAUGCACUUGGAGGGCCAAGAACUUGAGAAAUUGGGAGCAUAUGAGGAGGGAAAUGGAGGAUUACCCGCAAAAUCAACCCCUCACAUGUUCUGCAAAACGCUUACUGCUUCUGAUACUAGCACUCACGGGGGGUUCUCCGUUCCUCGCAGGGCUGCUGAAGACUGUUUUCCUCCUUUGGAUUAUAAGCAGCAAAGACCCUCCCAAGAGCUUGUUGCAAAAGACCUUCACGGAGUAGAGUGGAAAUUUCGCCAUAUUUACAGAGGUCAGCCAAGGCGGCACUUGCUCACAACUGGCUGGAGUAUUUUUGUCAGCCAAAAGAAUCUUGUAUCUGGCGAUGCAGUACUUUUUCUGAGAGGUGAAAGUGGAGAACUGAGAUUGGGAAUCAGGAGAUCUGUUCGACCUAGAAAUGGUCUUCCAGAGUCAAUUAUUGGUGAUCAGAAUUGCUAUCCUAAUUUCCUGUCUGCAGUGGCUAAUGCCGUAUCCACCAAAAGCGUGUUUCAUGUUUUCUACAGCCCAAGGGCAAGUCAUGCAGAUUUUGUUGUCCCUUACCAGAAAUAUGUCAAAAGCAUCAAGAAUCCAAUGACCAUUGGGACAACAUUCAAGAUGAAAUUUGAAAUGGAUGAAUCUUCUGAAAGAAGGUGCAAUGGUGGUAUAGUGACUGGAAUGCGUGAUUUGGAUCCCUACAGAUGGCCUAAAUCAAAAUGGAGGUGCUUGAUGGUAAGAUGGGAUGACGAAAUUGCUACUAAUCAUCAAGAUCGAAUUUCUCCAUGGGAGAUUGAACCUUCUGUUUCUCUCCCGCCCUUUAGCAUCCAGUCAUCCCCAAGACUAAAGAAAUUGCGGACAGGUCUGCAAACUGCCACUUCAAGUCACCUCAUGACCGGAGGUGGCAGUGCAUUUAUGGACUUUGAGGAGUCCGUAAUAUCACCCAAGGUCUUGCAAGGUCAAGAAAAUACAGGUUUUGCAUCAUACUAUUUUGGGCGUGAUGCAUUGAAGAACCAGCCAGAUUUUGAGAUGAGUCCUCCCAGUCAUCCAAAUCUUGCAUCCACUGGAUUAAGAAAGGCUGCUGCUGCUGAGCUUAUGAGGGUUCACCCUUCUAGUUAUGCAGGCUUCGCUGAGACUAACAAGUUUCUAAGGGUCUUGCAAGGUCAAGAAAUAUGUCCACUGCAAUCUCUGAAAGGAAAGGCUGAUUUUAACCUUGGGGUUUGGAGUAAACCCAAUGCCAGUUGCACAACUUUGAACCAACGACAGGCAUCCAAAACCAACUUUGACACUUUAGGAUCAGAAGACCUUCAAACUGCUUAUUUUCCUUUCGGUGACAUUCACAGAGCUGGUCAAAGCAGCCUGUUUUGCUCUAAAUCUGCAAAUUUCCUGAGAGAGGAUGUCCACGCUCCUUCCACUCAGGCAGAGCUCACAUUAAAGGAAGUUGGACGGUCAGAACUCUCAAACAAGGACAAACUGCAGGGCAGUUUUUCUGCUGCUGCUUCUUUAGAAGCAAGUCUAAGGAUUUCAAAUGACGAUAAUUAUGAGGGGAAGGUAACUGCCUGUAAACUAUUUGGGUUUCCCUUUAGGGAAGGCAACUCUCUGAACUUGCAGGGCUCUGCUAAAAGGAGUUGCACAAAGGUUCACAAGCAAGGUAGCUUAGUUGGAAGAGCCAUUGACCUCUCAAGACUGAGCAGCUACAGUGACCUGUUGAGUGAACUAGAGCGACUGUUUGGCAUGGAAGGCCUUAUAAAGGAUCCUGAUAAAGGAUGGAGUCUGUACACCGAUAGUGAAGAUGACAUUAUGGUUGUAGGGGAUGACCCGUGGCAUGAGUUCUGCAGUGUAGUGUCUAAGAUCCAUAUAUAUACCCAAGUAGAAGUCGAGAAGAUGACAAUUGGGAUGAUUACUGAUGAUACUCACAGCUGUUUGGAACAGGCACCAGGGGUAAUGGAGGCUUCCAAGUCCUCAUCUGUGGGCCAGCCAGAUUCUUCUCCUACAGAAGUUAGAGUCUGAGGCUCAGGGUUGUCUUGGAUCCUAAGUAUAUGUUGGAAUCGUUCCAUGUAAUUUAAUCAUUCCCGCAUAUGAUCGUGAUUUGAUUAUCUUCUUUUGAGCUCUUAAGCCCUAACCAAGCAGACCAAAGUUCCUGAAUAAGGGCAGAUUGUGUGAGCACUAUGUAUUGGCAAACCAUUACUGCCUAAGUCUUAUUUUGCAUGC